AUGACCAUAGAUAAUGAGUGCCAGGAAGAGAUUAUUGCUAAUCUUAAUCUGUCUACGUGGAUAGAAUUUAAACUAAGAAAGUACAAUGAAGCUAAAGAAAACAAUCAUAAAGCCAUUGAAAAGACAGCACAUAGAAAUGUAGCUGCGCUUGUGGGUCGUUUCUACAUCUUAUUGCGAGGUUGUGACUUUGCCGGUGCAGAGGAUCAAUUAAAGAAAUUAAAAGAAUUACAAAGUAGCACCGAUGGUGAGACACUAAUGAACGAGGCCAGGGCUGAGCUUGCAUACUCUUAUUUCACGUUAGGACGGGCUGUCAACAUUUCCCUUUCCAUUGAGAUGUAUACACAAGUGAUAUACAAGCAGCCUGAAAAAUACGUGUGGAAAUACAGGCUUGGAUUAGCACACAGACGGGCUACACACAGGGACAUG